AACGCUAUUCGCAUGCUGCCGUCGCUGAGGACAAAGGGAGCACCUAUCGUAGACAGGCGCCGCGGCGAUCGUCGGCUGAUCGGUCAUCGAAGUCGACGAUAACGCGUCCUGGGGAACUUGUCCCCGUCGUUCACCAUGGCGCUCAACUUCAGAGUCGGAAAGGGCAUCCUGAGCACCCUCUCUCCUCCCAUACCCCAAGCCCAUGCGUGGGCGACCGCGUACAAGCCCACCCCCAACCGCCCCCUCCUGAACAUGUCGCAAGGCGUCCCCGGUAUCCCUCCCCCACCCAAAGUGCAGAAAGCCCUCGCGACCGCCGCCGCCAAUCCCGAGAGCUUCCGCUACACCCUCCCUGAAGGCGAUCCCCCUAUGCGCGCCGCCCUUGCCGCCGAGAUGAAGCACGUCUACGGCCCCCAGUGUGAUGUGACUGCAGACGAUAUUGCGCUCACUGCGGGGUGUAACUUGGCGUUCGUCGCGUCGAUUAUGGCGCUCACGGAUGCGGGGGAUGAGGUUAUUCUGCCGGUACCAUGGUACUUCAACCAUCAAAUGACGCUCAGCAUGCUCGGCCUGGAGACGGUCUGCCUGAAGACAUACCCAGAAGACGGUUUCCAGCCUUCAGUUGAGCGAUGCGAGAAGCUCAUCACGCCGAAGACGAAAGCCAUUGCCCUGGUCACGCCGAAUAACCCAACAGGCGCAGUGUACUCCCGCAGCCUCCUGGCCAAAUUCGCCAAGCUGGCGGCAGACAAAGGCGUCGCCCUCAUCCUCGACGAGACAUACCGCGACUUCAUCACGUCAGGCGAACCCCCGCACUCCCUAUUCGACUCCCCCGACUGGCGACGCACCGUCGUUCAUUGCUACUCCUUCUCCAAGGCUUAUUGCAUCCCGGGCCACCGCCUGGGCGCCAUCGUCGCGUCACCCGAGUUCCUCACGCAUGUAACCACCGUCCUCGACACCGUGCAAAUCUGCCCACAGCGCGUCGUGCAGCUCGCCCUCGCACCCCUACUUCCUUCCCUCCGCGGCUUCGUCGCCGACACCGCGCGCGCCGUCGAGCACCGGCACAAGCUCUUCCGCGAAGCCCUACCACCAGCCUGGCGGCUUGGCGCGCAAGGAGGGUACUACGCCUUCGUGCGCCACCCGUUCAAGCACGUUGCGGCGUUCGAUGUGUGCAAGCGGCUGGCGGUGGAACUGGGCGUGGUCACCCUGCCGUCGGCGUUCUUCUGCGAGGAGAAGGUGAAUGGGGAGGUGAAGGAGGUGACAGUCGAGGAUGAGGAUAAGUGGAUACGGUUUUCGGUGGCGAAUAUUGCGGACGAGAAUGUGCAGAAGGUGUGCGAGAGGCUGAAGGAGAGCGAGACGGCGUUGGGGUGGGAACUGGAAUGACCUUCGAGGGCAUUGUAACAGAGAAAAGCGUGCUAGCGAUCCGUUCUGAACUCAUUGUGUUGCCCCAGCUCAAUGCUGAGAGUGUCACGCUCUGUCACGGUUGAACUUCGAGCGGUCAGGUGACUUCUUCGCGCGCGCGCCCCGCGCAUCUCGCGCUCUUCGCCCUUUCCGCGCUCUCUGCGCGUCCCUCGCCUCCCUCGCCCUGCUCAUAUAUAAGGGUGAUACGCCCC